CUCUUCCCACUGCUGUUUCGGGGCCAGACAAAAGGAGUUUGAAGUACUCCCAAACAUUUCUACUUGAAGUAAAGGUCCAGAUCCAGACGCCACCAUGUCGAGCAAACGUGCCAAGGGAAAGACCACCAAGAAGCGCCCGCAGAGAGCCACCUCCAAUGUCUUUGCUAUGUUUGAUCAGUCUCAGAUUCAGGAGUUUAAAGAGGCGUUCAACAUGAUCGACCAGAACAGAGAUGGUUUCAUCGACAAGGAAGAUCUCCAUGACAUGUUGGCCUCUCUGGGUAAGAACCCUUCUGAUGAAUAUCUGGAGGGGAUGAUGAGCGAAGCACCAGGGCCCAUUAACUUCACCAUGUUCCUUACCAUGUUUGGAGAGAGGCUCAAUGGAACAGACCCCGAGGAUGUCAUCCGCAAUGCCUUUGCCUGCUUUGAUGAGGAGGGAUCAGGUGUGAUCCACGAGGACCAUUUGAGAGAGCUGCUGACCACCAUGGGUGACCGCUUCACAGAUGAAGAAGUGGACGAGCUAUUUCGGGAGGCUCCCAUCGACAAGAAGGGCAACUUCAACUAUGCAGAGUUCACCCGCAUCCUCAAACAUGGCGCCAAAGACAAGGAUGACGAGUAGAGGGAGAAAAUGACUGCCUCUGGCCUCCCCCCUGCACACAUGCUGCACCACAAAUCCAUCUGUAGCUCCUGUCUUUGUCAAUCUUGCAGAUUUGAAGGGAAAAAAGGAAUUCAUGUAGGACUGCAGUAUAUCUUUUAUAAAAUGGCAGAAAUAAAUUAUUGUACAUUUAAAUACCUACAUGUUUAACAAGGGUAGCAUGUCUGAAGUAAUUUGAGAUCCACUUUUUUGUUUAAAUUUAAACAUCAUUCCAGAUUUAUGUUGCACCUGUCUUCAUCCACAUUGACUGCAGUUUUUCUGGCCUUUGUAGACAACAUGGUUGGAUUUCGGAGAUGCAUUAAGCAGAUCUGUGUAUUUGUGUGCAGGGGCUGUUUGACGUACUUCAUACAAUACCAGCCAUGUUUACCUCUUCCUGCCAGUUAGCUACCACACCUGCGCAACUUAUCUCCUUUUCUGUCUAAUAUAUAUCCUUGUAUGAUGAAAACGGAUUAAAGAAAAAAAAUUGACCUUUCAUCAUUUUUAUUCGGUUCAGACAAUCAAAUGUGGUGCAAAUAUUUCCUGUAGUUGAAAUGGUCACUAGGAAUGGCAGUCAAGUGAGAUCAUCCUCCCGUCAGCUGGUUGUGUGUAUUUGUUAAAGGAUCGGGUAUGUCUGUGUUGUUGAAGGAAUUCCGUCUCGAAAUUUCUCAGGCAAAUAAAGCAAGUGGAGAGCGUGUUUGGCGUAUUUUUAAAAUAUUGUACCAUGCCUGCAUUCAAACAUUUCAUGACAGCGCUUUUUCCUACAAAGCUGCAGUACAGUAUUCUGUGCUUUACAUAACUGCCAGAUACUUAAAUUUAGCUGGAAUGCAACCAAUAAAUAUUUACUUACAGCUACUUCACGUUGCAGCAUGAA